AUGGAUACUCGCACUUUCGUCUCCGAUUCUCUUCUUCGUCUAACAGGCGCAUCGGAGCCUACGGUCGUGGAUUUUGUCCUCGCCACUGCGGGCGAUGCAAAAUCAGCCAGUUCAUUACGCGACAAGCUAGGAACCUUUCUCGAGCUAGGUGACAAUGAGAUCGACUCGUUUUGCGCAGACCUUUACGGGCGACUGGGCUCCGGCGGGCAUGCUCGAGAACCUACAGGACCUUCUAAACGGUCAGACAAAAACUCGUCUUCGAAAAAGAAAUACCACCUGGUAGAAAUGGACGAUGGGCACCAGCCAGAUAUCUCAUUGGGGCCAACGAACGUGGAACAAGACCGACGUAAGCGCAAAGGGAAAGACAGAUCCCAAGAUCACAAGAACUCCUCCCGCAAUCGUUGGGACGACGAUGACAACUCGUACAGGGACGAUCGCAGUAGAAAGAGAAGCAGGAGUCGAGACCCCGAUAGCCGCGACCGAAAUCGCCGUUCGCGAAAACUCCGCAAGCGAGAUGCCGACGACUUCAAUGAUCGCUGGGGCGACGAGAACAUACCUGAUGGUGAAUAUGAUGGCGAGGAAGCAGAGGGUUAUGAAUUCGAAGAAUCGCCAUCGCGACGCACUCGAUUGGCAGAAGGAUCUGCAUCGCCUCGUUCAACUGCAUCUGCUGAUCUAGACGAUGACGCCAGGGCCGAAAAGGCGCGCUUGCGCGACUUGAAAGAACGUGAUGAGUUUGCCAAACGUCUCGCCGAGAAGGAGGAUUCAAAGUCGAAAAAGGUGGUCGAGGAUCGUACUCGACGUGCUGGUGACCAAAGCCGCCGUGCCUUGGCUGAUGAUGCUCAAGCAAGGAGUGCAGCCAUGCCGGAUUUGAGGAUGCGAUCCAGGCAAGAAUAUUUGAAAAAGCGAGAGACAGAGCGGCUUGCACUUUUACGACGACAGGUCGCUGAAGAAGCUGCUGAGCUCCGUGAGAACCCCAAUCUCAGCCGUCGGGAGAAGGAGGAAUUUGCAAGAAAUCGGGAAGUACUUCGACUGGCAGAAGAACGACUGCGCAUUGACGACCAUCGCGACGGCUAUAUGAUGCCGGAGGAUUAUAUUACAGAAAAAGGGAAGAUCGAUCGAAAGAAGAAGGAAGAAGCUCUCUAUAAGCGAUACGUCGACCGCGACGAGCAAGGUCAAGAACGGUUUGUUACGGAACAAGAGGAGUGGGAGCGUGAGCAGACAGCGAAAGCGAAAGCGCAAAUUUCCAGGGCCGAGUACGUGGACGAAGGUGAUUAUGACUAUGUUUUUGAUGAUGCACAGAAAAUCAACUUUAUAAUGGACUCCAAGUUGGAAGGGGAUGGGAACUUCAUGACCAAAGAACAACGCAUGCUGCAACAGCAGUUAGAUGCGGCAGAGAAGAAGGCUGCUUCGAUAGAGGAAACCCGAAAAAGCCUUCCUAUAUAUCAAUUUCGAGAUGAAAUUAUUCAAGCGGUGCACGAUCAUCAAGUGCUUAUUAUUGUUGGAGAGACUGGUUCUGGCAAAACAACACAGAUCCCUCAAUAUCUACAUGAAGCAGGAUAUACGAAGGAUGGAAUGAAAAUCGGGUGUACCCAACCUCGACGAGUGGCUGCGAUGAGUGUUGCCGCUCGAGUAGCAGAGGAGAUGGGUGUGAAAAUAGGAAAUGAAGUUGGCUAUGCAAUUCGAUUUGAAGAUAAUACUAGCGACAAAACCGUUCUCAAGUACAUGACGGAUGGUAUGCUCUUGCGAGAGCUACUAACGGAGCCUGAUUUGGGUGCUUACUCGGCGCUGAUGAUUGAUGAGGCGCACGAGCGAACGGUGCCUACUGAUAUUGCUUGUGGAUUACUAAAAGAUAUUGCCAAAGCACGGCCGGACUUGAAGCUUCUGAUUUCUUCUGCAACCAUGGAUGCUCAAAAAUUUCAGAAAUACUUUGAUAAUGCUCCCAUUUUUAACAUCCCUGGUCGCCGAUAUCCAGUUGACAUCCAUUACACGUCCCAGCCAGAGGCCAACUACCUAGCUGCAGCUAUCACGACUGUAUUCCAGAUUCACAUUACCCAAGGAUCUGGUGAUAUCUUGGUAUUCUUGACAGGCCAGGAGGAAAUUGAAGCUGCGGAACAAAGUCUUCAGGAAACGGCGCGGAAGCUGGGUGGAAAAAUCCCAGAAAUGAUUAUUGCCCCGAUUUAUGCAAAUUUGCCGUCUGAGUUGCAGACGAAGAUUUUCGAACCCACGCCGCCGGGGGCAAGAAAAGUUGUAUUGGCUACCAACAUUGCUGAAACAAGUUUAACCAUCGACGGUAUUGUGUAUGUGAUUGACCCUGGGUUUGUCAAGGAAAAUGUUUUCAACCCUCAGACUGGGAUGGAGAGCCUGGUUGUCACUCCCUGCUCGCGAGCUUCUGCUGGACAACGAGCCGGACGUGCUGGACGUGUUGGUCCUGGAAAGUGCUUCCGAUUAUAUACGAAAUGGGCUUAUCACAAUGAGUUGGAGGAAAACACCACUCCGGAAAUACAGCGUACAAAUUUGAGCGGCGUGAUUCUCAUGUUGAAGUCACUGGGCAUUGAUCAGCUGCUCGACUUCGACUUUAUGGACCCUCCACCGGCCGAAACCAUCAUUCGGGCGUUGGAACAGCUGUACGCACUAGGUGCGUUGAAUGACCGAGGCGAACUCACUAAGAUUGGAAGACAGAUGGCGGAGUUCCCCACUGAUCCAAUGCUUUCCAAGUCUAUUCUGGCUGCAGACAAAUACGGCUGCGUGGAGGAGGUCCUUUCCAUCAUCGCCAUGCUUGGUGAGGCCAGUGCUCUGUUUUAUCGACCCAAGGACAAGAAGAUCCAUGCAGACAGUGCCCGAGCGCGAUUCACUAUCAAGGAAGGAGGCGACCAUCUGAGCCUGCUAAACAUCUGGAAUCAGUGGGUUGAUUCUGAUUUCAGCUACGUGUGGGCGCGAGAAAACUUUCUCCAGCAGCGAAGUCUCACGAGAGCCCGCGAUGUCCGAGAUCAACUCGCCAAGCUUUGUGAUCGUGUGGAGGUCACUGUCACCUCCUCUGGAGCGAACAACAUUGUUCCCAUCCAGAAAGCCAUCACGGCUGGCUUCUUCCCGAAUGCAGCGCGGCUUCAGCGCGGUGGCGACAGCUACCGGACGGUCAAGAAUAACCAGACGGUCUAUUUGCAUCCUUCCAGCACAUUGUUCGAAGUCAAUCCCAAGUGGGUCAUCUACUUUGAACUAGUUCUGACGAGUAAGGAGUACAUGCGAAGCAAUAUGCCAUUACAAGCAGAGUGGCUAGUCGAAGUGGCGCCGCAUUAUCAUAAGAAGAAGGAUCUAGAGACAUUGGGUCUGGACAGGAAGGUUCCCAAGGGCGAAGGGGCCGCUGGGCAGAGAAGCAAGAUUUAG